AUGAAUAUCAAGCUAGGUGGUGGGCUCAACCAGCCAAAGGAAAAGCCUAAAAAAUCUAUACUGGAAGAUAGCGAUGACAGCGACGAUGAUUCCGGGUUCAAGCCACCCGCCAAGAGCAGCAGCAGCAGCAGUGGUGGUAAGGGUACUGGAAUGGUAGCCCAAGCUGCCCAAGCAACCAGCUCGAGGAUAGCAAAGCAGCUGGAAGAUGCCAAAAAGCUCGACGAUAGUGUUUUUGAGUAUGACGAAGUGUUUGAUCAGAUGCAGUCUGCCAGAGAGGCCGUCGAGGCUAGUCGGAAAAAAGAAAGCAGCACACGCGCACCCAAAUACAUUGAAGGAUUGGCUGUUGCUGCAGAAAAGCGCAAACUCGACAGAAGUAGAGCUGAAGAGAAGAUGAUACAAAAGACUAGAGAAAGAGAAGGUGAUGAGUAUCAAGGCACCGAAGAGUUUGUCACCGAAGGCUACAAGAAGACUCUUGAGGAAAUUAGACUGGCGGAGGAAGAGGAAGAAGCCAGGGAAAAGAAGGAGAGAGACGGCAGAGGAACUGGUGCAUCAGCAUUUAUGCGCGGUAUACUCGACGAUAAGGAGGAAGAGCAUGCUGCUGCUAUGAAAGCUGCACAGGAAAACAAAUCAAACGUUAUACGGCCGCCUGCUUCGCAGACUGAAAUUGAUUCAGACUCAAUGCUUAAGAAGGCUCAAUCUAAAGGCAACAAUGUUGAGAUUGAUGAUGAAGGACAGGCUGUUGAUAAAGUCCAGCUUUUAUCUGCGGGUCUGAAUGCAGGAAAGAAGAGGCGAGCUCCUCAAGGACCAUCUCUUCCAACUUCAAACAACAAAGAAGCAGGAUUCAAAAGACAGGCAGUGGGUACUGACGCCUCACAAGCUGCAAUUAGAGAACGUCACAGUAAAAUGGUUGAGGAGCAGAUGUUGUCCCUAACGAAAGAGAAGGAAGAGCAGCAGAAAUCUGCAACACAAACCCAACAAGCCAAGACACUCGAAAGACGUAACGAUGAGUCUGCCAUCGACGCUGCCAAGAGGAGGUUUGCCGAACGCAGAGCCAAAGCCGGGAAAUGA